CGUGGCCAAAAAUUUUGGAAAAGUGAAGCAUUUCAAAUCACAAAUGUUCAUUUUUUGAUCGGAAAAACCAACGAAAAUUUUAAACUGAGAGUUGUAUUAUUUGGAAGUACAUCGUUUCUGCUUGGUUGUGGCGUUUUCGAUCGCCCGUGGCUUCGCAAAAUGCUGACGAAAUUCGAAACGAAGUCCGCUCGUGUGAAAGGUAUGGUCGAGAGAGGCCAAUGCUAAAAUGGUCAAUUGUUUGGUGUAGUUUUUGAUAGUUCUAUAAUAUACGAUUGCUUUAUUAUUUGGACGGCUGCAGAAGACUCUUCAAGCAUAGAAAGGUUUUGAAAAUACGUACAAAAAUAAAGCAAUUUGUGUAAAAACAUUGCAGUGUAACAAAUUAUAGAAAUAAUUUGUAUAAACCGACAAUGGAAAUUUUACACUUUACCGUACCGGAGUAAUCACUGAACACAUCAAAACACUCCAAUAAAAAAUUGAAACACCGUCAGAACACACGCCAUCAAAUACUUGCGGUAUGGUAAAGUGUAAAGUACCCCAGACAAUAAACAUUGUCUGCCAGGUUGGAAUCCGUGAAAAUUUUAUGCCGGCGGUUAUGCCAAUAAGCCACUGACUGCUCACACCAGUAUGCCAGUCAUAUAUGCCAGACAAGAAAGUUAUAAAGUUUUUGCAUGUUGGAGGUUUCACACAAGGCUAAAUUAAUUGACUAUACAGUUGAUACACUGACAUGUAUUUCAAAUAUCAAUAUUUUAAUAUUCAAAAAUCUUCACAAUAUGACACAAAAACAUAGAACAUUUUACGCCGGAGAUAUGCUGCGUAACACCCACGGAUUCCAACCUGGAAUUUGUCUGUUGUCCACAGGACAAAUUACCCAGGCUGGCUAGCCUAAGCGGGCUGAGUGUUAUUGCUCUGUUCACCGACCAACCGAUUUCGAUCUUAAAAGCUCUCUGUGAACAAUUCUGUGGGGCGAAUUUCAGAUUCAUGAAAAAAUAUAUUCAUAUUAUGCAAUUUACGUCUCAUGAUGUAAAAAUGGGAUGAGAUCAGCUCGGCAAAGCGAGCUAGCUCAGACCCUUAGGUUGGACAUAAUACAAGUCAUUUCCCCCCAAGUUGAUUUGCCCCAAGUCAUUCGAUAUCAAAGUUGUUUCGCCCCCAAUUCAUUAGAUGUCAAACUUUGUUUUGGUUUUACAGAUUGCUACAUAUUGCUGUCGCUACUCGCUUAUCGUUGCCAAAACAACUUGUAUUAGCAAUAGAAUAACUAGAACUUGUAUUAGAUUUAUAAUAAAAUAUUUACUAAAAUUAAAGUAUUUCAGUUUUUAGAGUACCAGUAUAGAAAAUGUUGGAUUGAAACACUUAUUAUAAUAACUUGUUCUUGCAUGCAUUUUUAUAUAUUUUGAAAAAAAAUGUUUAUCGCCUUAUCAGAGAAGUUUUGGGGGGCAAAACAACUUUGACAUCUAAUGAAUUGGGGGCAAAACGACCAGGUACUGGUUGGAGAGAAUGCCCGGUGGUUUCAGGGUUCGAAAUAACAGUUUGUGAUUCGUGAAUCACGAAUCAAUUUUCAUUUUUCACAAACUCAAUUUCAUAAAAAUUGAUCAAAAUCACGAAUCAAAAGUCUCUCAAAUUGAUAAAAAUAUACAAUAAUAAAUUCAGUUCUUUGUAAAUGUGAUGAAGGAUCAUAUAUUUUGAACAUAUUGUUGUUAGAUUGUACUUUAAAACGUUAAAACGAUUAUAAUUCCACCCAAAAUUCUAUUUCUUUGCGAGUUUGCGACAUGGUUUUUUGCGAUCUUUAUAUUUCAAAAUUGCAGUGCUUCCACUUUUUACUUCCAAUUAGUGAAAAUUCCUUGAAAAUUCCUUAAAAUUUCCUUAAAAUAAAAAAUAAUUCACGCGCCAUUUUUUCAGAAUUAAUUCGAACCCUGGGUUUCUGCUCUAGGUCGGACAGUUUUACCCAAUCUACACAAAAUGCAAAAACUGGAUGAAGCGAGGUUAAUGGGUUUAUUUUGUAUGUUUAGGAAUAACCUUUCAUCCAAACCGUCCUUGGAUUCUUGCCAGUCUUCAUAAUGGUGUUAUCCAGCUUUGGGAUUAUCGCAUGUGCACGCUGCUUGACCGUUUUGACGAACACGAUGGUAAGUGGCUUAGUGGAAUACUUGUUGCAGUCUGAUUACAGGGCUAAAAAAUAUAAUGGCCACCCAACGGACAAUGGCCCAUCUAAAAUGCCUGUUGACCGGUCACUUUUUUAUCUCGGCAGUCAUUUUCAAGCCUUCCCACUAGAAUUAUAGAAAUUGUUUGUUCUCCUCAGCAUAUCUGCUGAAAUAUUGUCAGAGAAAGACUGUAUAUUUCAUGGCGAGUACGCAAUUACACAGCAAGAACGUCUAUUUACAUACUGUACAACAAAAACAUUGUUUGUUCUUGAACAAAACGUAACUAAUUACUGUAUAUGCUGGUUCAACUUGAAAGGUUUCGAUUUUGUUUUAAGCGUUGCAAUUAGGUUGUUUAUUCAACAAAAUUUUAUUUACUUACGACAAUCCCUAAUACGAUAGAGAUUUUGUGUUGUGCAAUUUAUUGAUAAUUUGCUUGGCUCAUGCAUCAACAGUUAAGUUUUGUUUGUGUGGUCAACCUAUAUGAUAAAGACUUCCCCCGAAAUCAUUAUGGUAAUGAUUAUUAACGUUGCCUAUUCACCUUUAUGCAAUGUGAUUGCCAACGUCUUGAGCGUUUAAAAUGUGAAACAAUAAGAGCAACGUCUUGAAACAAAUUUACAUUAUUUGUUACACUGUCAGUAUAUGCAUAUUAGUGACCAGUCAAAAACAGGUUUUGACCGAGCUAAAAUCAAGUCGACCUGAGACUAAUCGGCCGUUAUGUUGAGCUCGGCCUGAUUAACCCAAUGAGCAGCAGUUCUCCUUUCUCAGGAAAACCAGGGUCUGAAAUUUGCAGUGAAUGACUUGUCAGGGUUUAAAAUAGCUGCCGGAUGUCAUCGGCAUUUUCGCAGCGCUAGCUGGCAACAUCUAAAUUAGGGAGCAGUCAUGAUUAAUGCCAGGGGGGGGGGAAGAUAUUUCUAAACUCAUGGUAAAUUUUUCAUGGCCCCUCAUUCCUUCAAAAUAUUUUUUCAUGGCCCCCCCCUUUAAAUAUAAUAAAUUUUCAUAGCCCCCCCCCCGUGAUUGAACUUGCAUUCCAAACAUAAUUAUACUAAGAUCACAGGUGGCCCAAUCUCGCAAGCGACGUCUUGGGCUACCUGUGGUGCUUGAUUUUCGAUAACUGGGGGGAGCGGGAAAUCAAAACAACAAGUCCAAUAUGGCGGGGAAAUUUAUCUUUAUCUUGUAUAAAAACCACAUGGACGAAUUCAAUUGAACUAAAUUUUUGCACAAGAAUGAGUUUAAAAAACAUAGUAUGACAAAAAGAGCCUGUGGAGAAUACCUGGAAACAGUUUUAAGAAAUAAUCUCGACGAGAUGCAGCGAAACGUGACUAUGUAAGUCUGUAUAAAUACAAUUUAUAAAGAUUUUCUUAAUAAUUUCAUAUGUUAUUUGAGUUUGAAUCAUUUGUCCAUAUAGUUUAAAUUAUGUGCCUUUAUGAGUUUAUGAUCAUUUCCCAAGUUUUUUAUGCCAAAUUGCUUACAAAAGAAUUAAAAACUCUUGACAAAAUGAAGUUGAAUUUUAUUGAAUUUCAUCAUGCUAUGCAUAAAAUAAAUAAUCACUCGGGCAAGUCGUGCAAUUAACACUGGCAAUUAAUUAACAGCUUGUGCAAUUUUGGCACAUUUUUCAAAUAUCACUCGUAGUGUUAAUAUAAUUAAUUGCACUCCUUCCUGUGUGAUUACCUAUACUUAUAUUGCAUUGACAUUUAUAUUACAGUGAACUAUAAUGCUAAUGUUUCAUGAUUAUUGUACAUUAGUAUAAUUACAUAGGUGAUUAUUGAAAAUUCUCCACGCUGAUUGGUUACCGUUGAGGUGAUUAUUACGUGAUAAUCACAUAAGCAAUUUUCAAAAUGGCGGCCGAAGCCGUUUUGUCAAUUGAAAGACGAAGAAAUGUGCAUUUUAAAAUUUUUUUUCAAAUAAUCACCUAUGAAAUUAUCCUGAAACAAUUAUUCACCUCAGGCUCGGUGAUUAUUGUGAAUAAAAACAUCGACUUCAUCUCGGAUUUUAUUCACCGAUAAUCACCUCGCCUUUGGCGAAUAAUUGUUAAUUAUUUUUGGUGGCCCCCCCAUACUUUUCUUUGAUAUUUUUGGUGGCCCCCCCCAAAUAUCUUCCGCCCCCCCCCCGGCAUUAAUAAUGACUGCUCCCUUAGCAACGGGAUUUUUAUCUUAAUUAAUUGAUCUAUACAAUGGAUUUAUAGGUUUUAAACGACAUUGGCAAUAAAAAAUUAGUUUAGUCCAUUUGAAAGAACUCUGAAAACUAUAUAUUAAACUCUAUUACAGAUUUCUUGCUUAGUUUUCAAAAUAUUUCGACUGAAAAAAGUGAGCUGUUCUCCAUCUCAGAUUAUUGAGGAUAUGCAUGUUACGUCAAGAGAGGGGUCGCGCUAAUUUUUAUCUUGAGAGUAAGCGAUCAAUAUGCAUCCAAAACUUUGUUUCUGGUUGCUGUCUGAAAUUUAGAUAUGAUUAAAAACAAUUCAAACAAUUUUGGAUUGUUACUCGGUCAUUUUAGAGUAGUUUUAUAUGGUUAACCCAACUCCUGACGUCAUCAAAACCAUAGUUAAUGAGGUCAAGGAUUAGUCCAAGAUGACGGACAGCUCAUUGAUAUGACAAAUCGGUAAUGGAGUUUAAUACGGUAUAUAAUUUUAAGAGUUCUUUUGAAUGAUACAAACUAAUUUUUUAUUGGCAAUGUCCUUUAAAUGAAAAAGAUGCUGUCUUGACAAAAAGAUCGCAUUAAGUAUGUAUUUUGCUACAGCUUUUGUACAUGGUGGUAUUUCCUGCGUGAUCAAUGGGUCUGCCCUCAAGAAAUAAUUGGCCUUUGAUUUGAACUUGGUGGUUUAGUUGGUGACUGCGAGUUCUGAGACUAUUAAAGAGCUUCAUUGACUUCAGUAGCAGGCUCUAUUUCGAGCAUUGGACAACUGGCAAGCAUUAUCUCCAUACCAGCUCAUAGUCUGGUACAAUUUGCAAACUUCAUGGUCUUAUUUCCAGGGACUUUCAUUCUCUGUAAAUAUAAACAGUUUGCUAAAUAAAAGUCCAAUAUAACUACCCAUUCUGACAAUCUAAUGUGUCACGAGUGGUCUUGCUAUCUGGAACAUACUUAGCCCUGACUAUUUUAUCUUUACAACAAAUGGGGUUUUACUUUCUUAACUAUGUUUAUCCUAACCCCCACCUGUCAACUUUCCCCGUGGGAGGAAACCAAAGCACCCGGAGAAAACCCACAUAUAGUAGGUGCAAAACUAUUGGGAUAUUCAAAGCUAUCAGAGACAUUUAGCAUUAUACAGUACAUGGCCAGAAAUUAGGACUGUUCGGUAUACCGAUAUACUGAAAAUAUCGGUAUUAAAUCAAUAUCGGUAUAUCGAUACCGGAUAUUCAGCCAUACCGAUAUACCGAAAUUUCCGAUAUACCGGAAUUUUUCGGUAUACCGUGUUACAUUUACCAACUAUAUGGCAAAACCUUUAUUUUACUACUGAAUGGCAAUUCAAAGAACUUUCUACUGAAAUGAUUUACUAGUUAUCGUUUUCCCUUUUAUAGAAUUACUCAAAUUUCCCUUCAAAUUUCCAUUAAAGAAUUUAUAAUUAUUUCCUUAAAAUCAAAGGAAAACCGAUAUACCGAUAAUAUCGGUAUAAUUUUUUUGGUAUACCGAUACCGGAAAUUUCUCAUACCGAACAUUCCUACCAGAAAUCGCAGACAAUGAUUAUUUUAUGUUUGCAAUGUUACUCUGAGUGCAUAUCCACACCGGGCGAGCUUGAAAAAUAUGCCCGGCCACGGUGGGAUUCGAACCUACGACCUUUGGAAUACUAGCCCGUUGGAAUACUAACACAGAAAAAAAUGAUUAUUUUAUUUACUUUAUCGAAGUAUAACCCGUUGAAAUAUGGCUUCUGCAUGCAGUAAGUAGUAAAUUAUAUCAAGUCUGGUUUCCAUAUGGUCGUAACGGUUGUAAAGAUUGAGUCACGAUCUUUCUCAUCAGCCGAAAUGCAACAUUUUAGAACUGAAAAUACGCGGAGUGAUUAUAACUAGGGAAUACUUAUGAUUUAUAUGUGGUUUACAGGUAUAAACUAUUAUAAACUAACCUCGGUACAAAUAUAGCCUGCGAACAGCUUGAGAGCCUGUUCGCAGGCUAGUACAAAUAUUGAAAAUGCAGAAUAGGUAUCGACAUACUUUGUUUUGCAACCAGUGAUCGAGGCAAGUUGCAAACGACCUACUUUAUUCUCAAAUUUCACAAUUAACAACGUCGCGUUAUAUAAUUCACUGCUUACAGUUGAAGCCAUAUUUCAACGUGAUAUAUGCAAAUUACGAGAUAAGUAGAGUAACGAUUUUCGUUGUUUCUGGCCAUGUCCUAUAUUGAUUGAGAUUUUGUAAUACCGGAUCCAGAUACAAUUUUAUUUUGUAAUAUCAAGAUAUACAAUGGACGUAUUCCCUAAUGAACAAAAUGUUGAUCUAGACAAGUCUAGACAAAAAUUAUCAUGGCUUGAAAGAGCAUCACAAAAUUAGUAAUAUUCCGAAGUUUCGUUGCGAAAUGUUGUAAAAUGCGGAUAAUAUAGCCUUGUGAAGUUUGCCGUUUUUCAGUCAUUUUGUAUUACGCACGGGAAAUUGAUACCACUUUAAUUUCUGAAAAAAGGUAUCAAUUUCCCGUGCGUAAUACAAAAUGACUGAAAAACGGCAAACUUUGCAGGGCUAUAAUAUUAUCCGCAUUUUACAACAUUUCGCAACGAAACUUCGGAAUAUUAAUUUUACUAAUUUUGUGAUGCUCUUUCAAGCCAUGAUAAAAUUUUUGUCUAGACUUGUCUAGAUCAAAAUUUUGUUCAUUAGGGAAUAGGUCCAUUCAUUUACAGUUUGACAUCCAAAACCAAAUUUUGCUUAUUUUGGUAGAAUAUUGUUUAUCAGAAUAUCGGUCAAUUUCGGUACAUCACUAACCAUAGAUUAUAUUCUUUAAAAGGUCCAGUUCGCGGCAUCGAUUUCCACACGAACCAGCCUUUGUUUGUGUCCGGAGGUGACGAUUAUAAAAUAAAGGUUUGGAAUUACAAGCAGAAGAAAUGUUUGUUCACAUUGCUCGGCCAUUUGGACUACAUAAGGACGACGUUUUUCCAUCAUGUAAGUAAUCUUUUGUUAUAGGGUGGAAAAAUCCAGGGUUUAUUUAAGUCCAUUCUGCGCAUACGUUCUGCGCAGCCAAUGGUUGGGACCCGACCAUUGGAAACACUGCGGAAAAACGUCUGCGCAUGCACCAAAUUAUGAAAAUAUGGCGGGGAAUUUGAAUAUCAAUUUCUAAAACAAAAACAUGUUUAUUAAUUGGUCAAAAAUUAGUAAACCAAACGAGAAAAUAUAGCAAAUGGGUAGACUAGACAUUAAUUGAAAGCGUCCUGGCAUUUAAAGUAUGGAAUGAAAUAUAAUUCAUGUAAAAAAUUGUUGAUUUUAAUGGACAUGACUUCGAAAAUUUUUGCAAAAUUAUUGAAAACAAAAAUUCAAACUAAAAAGUUAAGAAAACUCUCGAAAAGUUAAGCUUCUUAACCCACUCAAAUUGUACAAUAAAUCCUAAAGUUUAAUUAUUGUGAACACGAAAAUUUUUUAUAUUUGGCGACACAGUUUUUUUUAAAGAAAUGUAUCUCAAACGAAAAUUCGGAAAUUGUCGUUGCUUAGUUGAUAAACAAAAUGUUUCAGACGAUAAAUUUGUCAACAAUCACCUUAGUUCAUGUUCUUGUACAAUACAAUUUCUUGAACCUUCUGGCUGUAUUUAUUCCUAGUUUUUAGAAUGACAUGUUUAUUUUUGCGCUCGAAAUCUGACUGUAAAGACGCACAAUGAAGUCACUCCUUUUUACCGCCAUUUUGAGCCUUCGGGAACGUUCGGAACAGCUUUUCAUCAAGUUCGCAAUACUACGGUGUGUAUCAAAAUAAUUCGAAUCCAAAUUUGGCAUGUAAUAACGCAGAAUAUAUUUGACAAAUUCGGUUGGUUUUUACACCAUUGUUAAGUUCAUUUAUUUAUCUUUCAAAUGACAUGCUGUACGCGUCAUUUAGUUGGAAAAUGAAGGAGUAUUGCUUUGACAAAAAAAGUCCAUAAAAAUCACAAUUUUCCGCCGAUGGGAAUUGGACAUUUUUUCUUUCAAAGUUAGUCCCACAAGGCUUUGAAAUGCUAAUCAUCACUGAAAACUAAAAUGCAAAUUUAACGCGAAUUUCUUCUCGUUCAACAUGUUGAAAGCAUAGGCUGUCUGGAGCUUAAAUCUCUUUAAAUGAACAUGAAUUUAUGUAAAUUUUGCUACAUAACAGUUUGUUGAUUAAUUAAAUUUGUACUAUCUUUUGUUUGUACGUCUCACUUCGAAUUCCCAUCGGCGGAAAAAUUUGAUUUCGAGCAACCAGUUUUAACACACGAUUUCUUGGUCAUUUUUUAUCUUAUUGAUAUAAGAACGAUAUAAUCGGAAACCUAAUAGGCUAUUCUUUAUUGCCAUAUAAAAAUUAUAUGGUUUACUUUAGUAUUUUAUAAACAGCAGUCUGUCAAAUUUGGAUUCGAAUUAUUUUGAUACACUCUGUAUUACAGGUAAGGUUGACGCAUGCGCAGACGUUUUUCCGCGGUGUUACCAUUGGAAUGUUAUUAAUAUUUCGCACCUUCCGAACUUUCUUGAAUUGAAUCUCUAGUCUGCAUUCAUUUACCAGCAUAGCGAACCAGAAGAGUGUUAAAAAUUCAGUAUAAUAUAUAUCCAAUCAUAUUUUACAACUGUAGCACUGAGUUCAAAAUGUAAACAAAGCGUUUGUUUACAUUGCCGACUUUACAUCAUCUUUAAAGAACAUUGGCAUAGUUUGUCUCAUUCAAAAGAACUCUUAAAGUUAUAUAUUAAACUCCAUUACUGAUUUGUCUUACCCGAGACCAUAUAAACAGGCCUUAAAAUAUCUUUUCCAGGGCUGUCUGUCAAAAUAUCCGGUGAGGUUGAGUUUGGGUCAGACAUAUGUCCGAUGACCUUCAGUCCAGUUUUGACUCGGAAAUAAGUCUGAAUGACACAAAUGAAUAAACGAUAAAUGUUGUAAAGACAUUAAAUAAUUUGUUUCUUUCAUACUUAUUUCCAAGCCAAGAUUAACUUGCUUGCCAGAACAGCAGUAUUAAAAAAGACUUCGACAACUUAAGCCCGUUUUCCACUUCACCAUUUCGCUCGCCGCCGCGCGCUUGACUACGUUUAAACAACAUUUCCACUUAACCUUUUAUACAAUAGUACUCUGAUUUUCCAUUUAACAUACAAGCCUCUAGUCCUGGACUAGGGUACAUUUUGAUUUACGUUGGACAAAGCUACAGUUCGGUCGGACACCAAUACACUUGGCUCGGACAAACAAUAAACCUCAGUUUCACUUUGGUCGGACAGAAUGUCCGGUGGUUUCCUCUCUACGUUGGACAAUUUCACGAAUGGGUCGGACAAUGUCCGUGACCGACCGAUAUUUUAAGGCCUGAUAAACAGCGCCUUAGAGAAGCACUUAAUGAGGUGUCCGCCGUCUUGGACUAAUUCUUGACCUCAUUAACUAUGGUUUUGAUGACGUCAGGAGUUGGGUUAACCAUAUAAAACUACUCUAAAAUGACCGAGCAACAAUCCAAAAUUGUUUGAAAUGUUUUUAAUCAUUUCUAAAUUUCAGACAGAAACGAAGUUUUGGACCCAUAUUGAUCGCUUACUCUCAAGAUAAAAAAUUAGCGUGACCCCUCUCUUGACGUAGAACCGAUAGAGCUAUCCAGUAUUAGAAUAUGAAAACAAGAAAUCCAAACAAACUACUUGAAAGUUGAAUUAAAAUAACUACAGUAUGAUUAUAAAUUAAUGUUGAGUUAUUGAGUGAAUACAUUUUGUUAGGAAUAUCCUUGGAUUGUGAGUUCGUCUGACGAUCAGACAAUAAGAAUUUGGAACUGGCAAUCGCGAACAUGCAUUUGG